GAUGGCGGAGGCUGCGGCUGUUCCACCGCAUCGGUUUUUCUGUCACUGUUGUAAGGGAGAAGUGAAUCCUAAACUCCCGGAGUAUAUCUGUCCAAGAUGUGACUCGGGAUUCAUAGAGGAAGUAACAGAAGAUUCCAGUCUUCUAGAGGGUGUCGCUAACGGGAUAGAUGACGCUGCCACACAAUUUGCAGAGGUAGAAGCUGACUUGACGGAUUUUGGAGAGAAUUGGCUAUGGCACCUGUUACUGGAGCGACCGUUUACAGCAGACGGUGACACACCUGACUCAGAACGUCGGCUCCCUGGAGGACGCCUGGGGGGUCUCAGUGCCCUGGGAGGGUUGGGAGGGGGACCAAUCGGGGGUUCGGUCCCAGCAGGCCUCGGGGGACCUAUGGGGGGUCUACUAGGAGCCGGAGACCACUGGGGACAAGGACGUCCCUCUCGCUUGCACAGCCAGAGGAGAUACCGGUCCAGAGGCAGCAGUAGACCAGACCGCUCGCCCGCUGUGGAGGGGAUUGUGCAACAGUUUCUCGCCGGCCUCUUUGCCAACUCUGGAGUCCCUGGCUCACCCCCCCUCUCAUGGACGGGGAUGCUGCACUCUAACCCAGGCGAUUACGCCUGGGGACAGGGAGGGUUAGACGCCGUGAUAACGCAGUUACUAGGUCAGUUGGAGAACACAGGACCUCCUCCAGCAGAGAAAGAGAAGAUCUCUUCUCUCCCAACUGUCAAUAUCUCUCAGGAACAAGCAGACUGCUGUAUGGAAUGUCCGGUGUGCAAAGAGGACUUCGCAGUGGGAGAGCCAGUCAGACAGCUCCCCUGUAACCACUUCUUUCAUUCAGACUGUAUCGUACCAUGGCUGGAAAUGCAUGACACAUGUCCAGUGUGUAGGAAGAGUUUGAACGGAGAAGACAGCAGCAGCCAGCCCCCAUCAGAGUCCCCCACCCUCUCCAUGGACCCCCGCACACAGGAGAGAUGGUCCUUCUGAGACGACCCCCGCCUACAUCCAACAACACACCGAGAAGACAAAGCGCUUUCACUUUUCCUCUUUUCAUCUCUGUUGCUGUCUUAAUCAUCUCAGUCUGAUAUUUUUUUGUACUUUUCAUUUUUCUAUUUUAAUGCCUUUCUCCUCAACCUUGUAUACAGAUACCGUGUAGACUUUUAACAGUCAGUUGAGGUCUAGAUCUUUCUUUUGCCUCAUAAAAACCAGCCUUCAUUGAUGAUCAAGCCUACGUCUUCUCUACUUCCACCUCUAAAGCAAACUCCAUCUUUCUUGAAAUGCAUUGCUGCAAUACACUAUUGGGGGGGAAAUUCCAGACUUUAUAUCCCACCAUGCCCUCUUCACUCAUCAUAAAAUUAGUCCUAUAACUGAGCCCUAUAUGGCAUUUGAAAAUACUGUCGGGGUUCCCUUCACUCAUUGAGCCGUUACAGGGUCUGGACUUCACAACAUGAACACCUGCAGCCCACAUGUUCUGUUCAUGAAGGCUACAUGAAUAAUUUAUGUUGAGCUUUCCUUUAUAGAAGGUCUUGAUUGAACUCUAUGCUGGUGUUUUAUUGGAUUGCAUUGGAACGGUGUUUAUUUUAUUGGGUCCACUCUCUAGUGCACUUCAAUGAAAUAACUUUUUGUUUUUAGGAAUCAUGUUGAGUUGCUGUUUAAUUAAUGGCCACAAAUGGAAGCUGUGACAUUGAAUGAGAGCAAGAGAUUCCUUACACCGUACGGGGAAAGAAAUUACCAAUAAGGGAAUAAAAGGUUCCCACUCUAGUCAUUUAGAUUAAAACAGUCUCCUGGUGUAUAUAUUAUAAACAGAUGGCAUCCCUGUCAUUUUAUUCCUGUUUAUGACUAUCUUGUUUCACUUUUUUGAUGUAAAUAAUUUUAGUCCGACAACUUAUGGUUUGCAAAGGAAAGAACUUUGAGAAUGGAGACAAAUGUGAAAUUACCUGGUUAUCAAACUGUAUAUUAUAUAUGAAAAAAUGUCUGAUGUAUUAAUAAAUUGACAAAACUGGU